CCGUUCGGGGGGGGGGGGGGGGGGAAGUACCGCCCUACCGCCGUUGUCGCUGCUGUUAUUGCAAAAUAAAGUUUUACUUUGAUACAGACUCAUGUGAUAUUAAAUUGUUACAAUGUCGUUUAGUUUUGGUUCAAAUCCUACUACACAAAGUUCUGCCUUUGGUUCAGCUGUUAAACCAAGCUUCUCAUUUGGAAGCACCAACACAGCCACAACAAGCACUUCUGGUUUUGGAGGCUUUGGAACAAAUACGACAUCUUCAGGAUUUGGGACAUUUGGUGCUACUGCUACAAGUACAGCAACCCCAUUUGGUGCAUUGGGCUCCACCCCAGCCUCCACAGCACCAUCUUUGUUUGGUGGCACCGGUUUUGGGGCCACUGCAGCUAAACCAGCUACAGGUUUUGGUACUGGAGGCUUUGGCACUGGUACCUUUGGUGCAGGAACAGGUUUUGGCACUGGGACUUCAACAUUUGGCAGUGCAGCACCUAGUUUUGGCACAAACACCCUUGGUGCCAACACAUUUGGCGGCUCAACACUUGGCACUGGUUCCACAUUUGGUUCAACAUUUGGAACCAAACCAGCCACAGGUUUCGGGGGUUUUGGCACUGGAUUAGGAACUACCAAUGCAUUUGGACAACAGCAACAGCCUCAGCAACAGCAGCAAGCGGGACCAUCAUCAGCGCAGGAGGCCCUGGUGGCAGCAGUGUUCAAUUGCUGUGUGUUUGGAGACGAGCGUGACCAGGUUCUCGCCAAGUGGAACCUGCUCCAGGCACAAUGGGGCACUGGUAAAGCAUACUACAGCGCUAAUGCCCAGCCAUUGGAAUUGACCGAGUUGAACCCGCUAUGUCGGUUUAAAGCUGUCGGCUACUCGCGCCUGGGAGGCCGCGAAGAUAAGGAUGGCCAUGUUGCUAUGCUCUUCAAUAAGUCUGAGCAGGAUAUUAAAAACAAUCAACAAGCACUAACAACAUCUAUAUUGGGUCUGCUUGGCAAUAAACCCAAUUUGCAAGUGAACAUAGACUCCAUCAAAGCUGUGUCGGAUAAUAAAAGUCAGGUGGUGAUCUUCGUGUCGGACCGCGGCGCGGGCGGCGCGCACGUGCCGGCGUCGGAGCUGGCCGCCUUCCUGGGCGCCGGCGCCGCGCGCGCCGCGCUGGCCGCCGCCGGCUGCCCCGCCGCCGCGCCCGGCACCCGCCCCGCGCCGCGCCUGCUGCAGCACUACCUGCAGCACCCGCCGCCAGGAAUGGAUCUCCGAUUGUGGAAGCAAGCUCAAGCUGAUAAUCCUGACCCGGAGAACUACAUUCCAGUACCUAUGAUUGGAUUUACUGAGCUAAAGUUCCGUAGUCGAUGCCAGUCUGAGGAAGCGAGCCUGCAGGCCAGCUUCGUGAAGCGCGCGGGCGACACCCUCGGCGAGCUGCGCACGCGCCGCGCCGCCUCCGCCGCGCGCCUGGCGCACCUGGCCGCGCGCCUGGCGCAGCUGCGGCACACCUUGCUGCAGGUGAUCGGCCGUCGCGAGAUGUUAGGCCGCGUCGGCGCCGCCCUCUCCCCGGAGGAGGAAGCUGCGCGCGCGCGUCUACAUGAGCUCGCUUCACAGUUGGCAGCUCCGCCGCUGUUCAAUGGUCGCCUGAACGAGCUACUAUGCGCUGUGCGGCUACAGCGCAGCGCAAGCGCAGGUGCCCCGCUUGAGCGGUAUCAUCUUGAUCCAGGUGCGCAAGAAGACGUGAAACAGUUCCUCUCGCUACAACAGAAGGGUAUGGCGCAUCUCAUGGAUACGGCGAAGAAGGACCUUGUCGCACUCAAUACUAUAGCGGAGGGCAUGGCUCGCCUAGUCAGAGCUUAGGUAUCGACCCCUCACGUGUAAUGUUAUUCUUCGAUAAACACAUUGGAAUUCAUGUACAUAGACACACUAUGACAAGAAAAAAACAAUCUGAAAAGCCUCCCGUCGGAUUUUCACAUUUUCCCUCGUGCCUCACAUAUGGGACAUACAUGUUUCAAUUUUAUUGCCUCAUAAGUGGUUCAUACACAGUCAAUGUGUUAAGGUUUUGUAACUCCGAAUCAAAAGAAUACCUCGCUAGUGUACAAUCUAUUUAACGCGAGGUUGUAUUUAAUUCGUGCGGGUUAUAAUAUUCGUUCUAACAUUGUAGCAUUACUUCCAAAAAAGUUUCAAAAAGUGUUCGCUAAUUCAUAUUUCAGAAAAGUGAACCAUAAUAGACUUCACAACACAUGUUAUUACAUGUUAAAUUGUAUUUUAUCUUCGCGAGCAAUUCUGUAAUUACCAGUUGCUUCAUGGAGGAAAUAAUUUGUCAGAUAUUCAGAUCAGACUAGAAAAAAGAAAAGUAGGCAUUCAUCGUACAAUAUGGUUACAUACAGUCUAAUUAUAUCAAAAAUUAUAUAAACAUUAGUAAUUUAUAAGUGCAUAAUAAAAUUAUAUAAUUGAAGGACUUUAAACACUCAAUAGGUGCUCGUGCAAGUACUCUCGACAGUCUUUUCAAGACUUUAUACAAUUAAAUAGGAUGUACACACCACAAAGUAAUCAAGUAAAUAAAAGUGAUAUUCUGAUAUUAUCAUAUACCUAUAAUAAUUUAUACCAGGGGGUUAAAAAGGCCACACCAAAGCAAUUAAUCUCAAAUAGCAAUUUUGCUAUUUGACAGUUGUUUGCAUGGCGCACUUUUAUAUGCUUAGAUGAAUUGCUUCAAUGUGGGGUUUUAACCCCCCAAUUAAAAUUCUCAUACACACCACCUAUCAAGUUGGUCUAACAGCAAGCUUAGUAAGGUAUGGGUACUUAGUUCAUCUGGCGUUGGAUGUACCUGUGACUACCCCAAUUGGGAUAUAGUCGUGUUAUGCGUAUAUUUUCAUAGCUAAAUCUGAUUCUAAAUAUCAUCACGGGUUGAAUGCUAAUCAGUUUGUUAGUAGGUGUUAUGAACAUUAUAGGAUUAUAGGUAAUAAAGAACUAUUACGCAUUAGUUUCUAAUUAAAUUAAAUUGUUAGUUUCGUAUGGAUUUGACUGAUUGAUCAUUACGAGUCUCAAAAAGUCUUGGUUGAUACCUUGUCACGAUAAGGUUCAUUCAUUAUACCCAGCUUAGGACUUCCUAUCAACAGUAGCCCAUUAGGGUUUUAUGUACAUACGUUUCUAAAAGUCUAGAACACCUUAAUUUGAUAUUUUACAAUAGCUUACAUAAUAUUGAAAAUAUCUCAAAAUUCGUGUAUCGUUUCCCGAGGUUAUCACUUCUAGAUUUAUGUACCUAUUGACGUCUCAAGGGCCUAUUAGUCACCAAAGAUGUACUUUACUUCGUACAGGUGUUAGUGACAUCGUACCGAAUACUGAGGGGGAUUAAAAUUUACUUUUGCGAUGGAAAAUUUCACGUGAUAUUAACUCAGAAUGAUGAGCUGAAUAAUCCCCCUCAGUAUUCGUUACGAUGUUACUUACACCCCAUAUCAGUACGUAUGGGUGUUAGUUACACCGUAACGAAAACUUUGGAAGAUGAUACAGAUAAUGAUUCUGAGUUGAUAUCAAGUGGAAUUUCCUGUCGGAAAAUUCAUGAAAGUUGAGUGCUUUUUAAAAUUAUUGUCAGUUCCAUACUUUGCGACGGAAAAUUCCACUUGAUAUCAACUCAGAAUCAUGGUCCGUAUCAUCCCUCAAACGUUUCGUUACGAUGUCAUUAACACCUGUAUAUAUCGCAAUGGUUUGGGAUAUAUAAAAUAAUGAAUCGGAAGUAGAUAUGAGAAAAUAUCUAGCAUGUGUGUGUAGAUCUCAAAUUCUACCAUUAUUAGUUUGCAGACAACUAAAAAUGGAAACUGGUAACGAUUAGUAAAUGAUUACGGAGCAAUUAUUAUUCACGUCUUCAUAUAUACGUAUUUCAUUUGUCUUCUUUAUAUAUUUAGGGCACUUUAUUGUAAAAUGUUUUCUUGAAAGUGCCUGUCAAGGUAAGUUUAAAAAGUAUUUUUCAUCUAUUAACUUAAGUCUGUGUGAGACUGUUAGGUUACCUAUCUUUAGAUUAUUAAAUCAAUUGAAUUGUAAAAUUGUUGAUUAUUCCAUCGAAUGAAAUAAAUAUAACUUUCCUA